CGGUGCCGCGGCGUUCCGGACGGCUGCAGUGCUCGGCCUUAGAGAAGUGCCAGAGAAGAACUUUCUUUGCACCGCGAACAUUUUUGGUCAGUGGGAUAGUCUCCCGUGCUUCGGCUUCCCGCUUCUUGAUUGUAGGUUUGAUCCCCUUGCUGCCCUCCUUCUCCCGAACCUCCCGGGGUGCAGCCGGGAGUCCUCCGGCGCACCCGAGUCUGGAGCAGAGGCUGUCCCGGCCUCCGAGGGAGGGAGGCGGCCGCCGGCCCGGUCCCCUCGCAGCCCGCGCCCCGGGCGGUGGACGCGGGGCGGUAGCGGGCGGUGCCUGGCGCUCGGGGCGCGCGCGGCAUGCAGUCGCUGAACAUCACCCCGGAGCAGUUCUCCCGGCUGCUGCGGGACCACAACCUGACGCGGGAGCAGUUCAUCGCGCUGUACCGGCUGCGGCCGCUCGUCUACACCCCCGAACUGCCUGGGCGCGCCAAGCUGGCCUUCGUGCUCACCGGCGUGCUCAUCUUCGCCCUGGCGCUCUUUGGCAACGCGCUGGUGGUCUACGUGGUGACCCGCAGCAAGGCCAUGCGCACCGUCACCAACAUCUUCAUCUGCUCCUUGGCGCUCAGCGACCUGCUCAUCGCCUUCUUCUGCAUCCCGGUCACUAUGCUCCAGAACAUCUCCGACAACUGGCUGGGGGGUGCCUUCAUUUGCAAGAUGGUGCCAUUCGUCCAGUCUACAGCCGUCGUGACAGAAAUUCUCACUAUGACCUGCAUUGCUGUGGAAAGACACCAGGGCCUUGUGCAUCCUUUCAAAAUGAAGUGGCAGUACACCAACCGAAGGGCUUUCACAAUGCUGGGUGUGGUCUGGCUGGUGGCAAUCAUCGUAGGAUCACCCAUGUGGCACGUGCAACGACUUGAGAUUAAGUAUGACUUCUUAUAUGAAAAAGAACACGUCUGCUGCUUGGAAGAGUGGACCAGCCCUGUGCACCAGAAAAUCUACACCACCUUCAUCCUUGUCAUCCUCUUCCUCCUGCCUCUUAUGGUGAUGCUUAUCCUGUACAGUAAAAUCGGUUAUGAGCUCUGGAUAAAGAAAAAAGUGGGAGAUGGCUCGGUGCUUCGAACUAUUCAUGGAAAAGAAAUGUCAAAAAUAGCCAGGAAGAAAAAGCGAGCUGUCAUUAUGAUGGUGACAGUGGUGGCUCUCUUUGCUGUGUGCUGGGCACCUUUCCACGUCGUUCACAUGAUGAUUGAAUACAGCAAUUUUGAAAAAGAGUACAAUGAUGUCACAAUCAAGAUGAUUUUUGCUAUAGUGCAAAUAAUUGGAUUCUCCAAUUCCAUCUGUAAUCCCAUUGUUUAUGCAUUUAUGAAUGAAAACUUCAAAAAAAAUUUUUUAUCUGCAGUUUGUUAUUGCAUAGUAAAAGAAACCUUAUCUCCAGCACGAAGACAUGGAAAUUCAGGAAUUACAAUGAUGCAGAAGAAAGCAGUGUUUUCCCGGAGAGAGAACCCAGUAGAGGAGACCAAGGGAGAAGCAUUCAGUGAUGGCAACAUUGAAGUCAAAUUGUGUGAACAACCAGAGGAGAAAAAACAUCUCAAACAACCUCUUACCUUGUUUAAUUCUGAACUUUCUGAAAAUUCUGCUGUAGGCUGUGGGCAUUAAUUAGAACAUUGUCUUCAUAAUUAAUGCCACUAAUAUCUUAAUCUGAAGAGAAAAUUAUUUUGAGCAAAAGUCAAAGACUUUUUUAUUCUUAGAAUGAUGAAAAGAGGGAAACUUAAAUCAUUUUUCCAUAAAAAAAUGACAUUAUAUGUGAAAACAGAAUUUUGAAAAAUUAGCAAACCAUCCUUGUAGAUUAUAAAAGUGAAUUUUAAAAAAAUCUUGUGCAUAAAUAAAUGUUCUUGGCUAGUCAUUUUUCCCCCAUGCAGUCAAUGGAAUGUGACUUUCUAUGUCUUGCUAAAUUGAAUCAGAAAAUAACUUAAGAAUUAUAUCUUUCUUCUGGAAUAAGUAUAAUAGUUGAACACUAUAGUGUAAUUUUUAGUACACUGUUGAAGCUUGGUGAUACAGUCUCUUGCAAAUGAGGUCUGUCCAAUAAUCAUAAAGUCGAAGAGGAUGGAGAAGCAGCAAAAUAACAGAUGAGAUGAGAUUAAGAGGCAGAGAGAUGCCUGGGUUUGAGCUCCUGAUAGCCCAGCCAGUUACCAUUGCUGUGAUGACUGGCAAGUCAUUUAACCUCUUUAAGCCGCCAUUCCUUCCUGUGUAACCUGGGGGGUUCCUCCUCUUUUUCACAGAGUCAUUGCCAGAACAAGAUGAGACAUGAGCAGGAGAGCACUGCGUUCUCUCAAGCACCCUCCAGUUCUGAAGCAUUAUAGUAGCUCCUUGUGACUCAGGCCUCCCCUUUCUGCUCCCUUUUCCUUUCUGAGACUUGCCCUCAACCCUGCCAACCUUUCCACUGGUGCCUAUUUUGGAACUGGUUUCUCUAAUCAAAAGAAGAAAGUUUCUGGGAUCCCCAUUUAUAGGUUGACUGUAAUGUAUUUAGACCAAUCUAACUAUCUCAAGUAUUUAUAUUUUUAAGCCCUUUAUUUUCACUAGAGGGAUGACAGACUUUUUGUCAUGUAAAAGGGCUUCUAGGUGCAGUUAGACGAGAAAGAGAAUCUACUCCAAACCCGUGAAGUUUUACUGUGCCUAAGACUGACCUCCAGGAGAGCUGGGUCAGGAGAAACACUAGAGUUCCCCACCCAUAUUCCUUACCUAAAUCUCCCUUAAACUCAACUCUCUCUUCAGUCUUCUGCUCCUACUCCCAAAUGUCAUGGAUGCAGAGGCCACCAUCCUAGUGCCCUGUCACUUCCCUUUCAACAUCUGAGAUUCCCAAAAGUCAGAUCACAGCCUCAUGGCCAAAGUGUUUCUUCUGGCUCCAGUUUUCCAGCACUUGUUUUCCAGCCAGGUAAUAGAAAGGAAGAGAAACUGAAGAACUCGCAGUGUAUUCCACUUGUAAAGCUUUCAAGUUUGGGAACCAGAGAACUGGGGCCAUUUCAAGAUACAGACAUUUAAUUUUAUUUGUGUGUUAAUGUAAGCACAAUAUGUAAUGUAAGUUAAUGUAAUGUAAAGAUGAAACUGUGUGGUAUUAGCAAAAAACAUCAAUAUGACACAGGAAAGUUAACAAAGUCAAGAAAGGAGAAGUCUCUGAUGAUUUGGUUUGUGUUGAAACAGACUCACUAUGGAUUGGUUUUGUACACUGUCCUCCUGUAAUGCCUGGUUACCCUGUAGCAAAACAAUGAUUAUCAUUAAUCAUUAAACCAUUAAAAAUGAAUCAGA